AUGGCGCGGCUUGCAGCUCACAUUCCCUUGCCCGUCCGCCCCUUCUCCUCGGUUCAUCCCUCCCCUUUUGUCAGCGGCCUGGCUUCCCCCUUCGGCACCGGAGACAUGCCCUCCGACGUUCCGUGGCGCAAGGUGAAGACGAAGGACCAGCGCACGCUGCAGCAGGCCUUCAGUGACUUUGUCCCGCGUACGUUCGAGAUCUUCAUCGCGGCUGCCUACAGUCGCAUUCUUGAUGGCAAGAAUGUGAGGGUGUACCCCUACACCCUGGGGUACGCGCUGUACGGGGCCGAGUACCCCAUCAUGCACUACUCCACUGGGAAGACAGACCUUUCUACUAAGGAUUCCCCCAACAUGCACAACGCGGCGCGCAUGUGCGCAAUCGUGCGCAACUGGCUGAGGGCAGCCAUCAUGCAGUGGGCUGGGCAGGAUGGUGGGCCAGUAUGGGUGGCCGAAGAAGAGGCGUGGCGCUUUAGCCCCGGCAAGCACUUCAAUGUCUUCAUCAAGUUCCCGCCCCUGGAGGCAGUGAGGGGUCUGCCAGAGGAGAUUGUGGGGGAUGAGAAGGAGGACAAGGAUUUUGCGGAUGCCUCGGCAAGCCAUGAUGGCGCGGGGGAUGAGGACGAUGAACCCUAG